AUGAGAGUCUUCCAGGUGCAUCUGUCCCAAAAACAUGGAAUAAAUAUAGACACACUGACAAACAAUUCCACACCAUUAUGGAUGCGUGGAAGCCCCACACAAAAUAACGAUCGCUGUGGUGAGGUUACGGAAGGAAUAAUUAUGAUGGUACAAAUAGAAGACGCCAAUGGAGAUGCAAUAUUGCUUUGA